AUGACGCACCUGACAACAGCACCAAUCUCAGCCUCAAAGCGCACAAGCAAAGGCAAAACCAUUGCUAAGAGCGGGCCGGUGCAUGUUCCCAAAGUCGAAGGCAAUGACAUUACCCAGUCUUCACAGCCGUGUCCGUACGACUCUAAGUCAUAUCAUUCAUUUGCUAGAAUUGAGAAACGACGUUACAGUUUUUGCGGUAUGCGAGGCCCAAAGAUAGUGCCUAAUGAACCGUGUGAUGCCUGCAAAUCGGGGGGUCCAGGUUCACAUAUCAAUGAAGACUGUAUGCAGGACGACAACCGAAGGAGACAUUCUGCAGCUGAACCAAGCCCUCUUGCCCAUCUUGCCGACAGCAGUUCCUCGGUACUCCUAGGGCCUCGUCCUGUGACGCCAGAACGUGCUACGAGGAGGAUCGGCAAUCCACCAAGAGUCUCAAAACUUCCCCCUGGCAUUAUUCGGCUACCCGCAUCAGGCUCUCCCGUGAGCCAACAUCAUACGGCUGCUUCAAGGCCGCCAUCUAGGCUGGGAAACGCAUCUCCUAUUGAUUUAGAACACAUCGACUUUUUUGGUAACAGCAGCAAAACUGAGACUACGAUAAGACCUGCGAGUCCAAAAUUGCAUUACUUACGCGCCCUGCCAAAUUCUUGGGACUUCCCGUUCGUGCAUAGAAAUGAGAUUCCUGGGCAUGCAAUUGCUCUUCAUGCUGGAUCAGCAAGUCCCCUGAUUGAUCGAAGCAACACCCCGAAAAGCUCCUCAAGUGCGUGUGGGCCACCAGACUAUUCUAACACGGUAUACUAUGGCGAUAGAAAACCACUCCAUCCUGCAAGUCGAUCCUCUACACCUAGGCCGCAAGUUACAACGGUUGUGGUAAAAGAGGCUCAAGAGAGCGGAAGAGCGGUCAUCGAUCUCCAAGCUUCAUCCUUGGACACUGUGCUGGCUGGGAGUGAAGUCUACAGAAGACGCUCUCCACAGCAAACCUCAGCAGCGACAUAUUCACAACCAGUGGUCAAUGCUACAGACAGUGAGACCACCUUUGGAAGUCAAGACACCAAGAGUUCAAGGCUCGGUGGUAUGCGACUUGAGCUCAAAGGUGGCAAACCCUCCGGCGAUGCUACACCAAGGCUUAGAGGCGGCAGUGGGCGCAGGCCAUCCACAAAUACAUUUAGCUUCAAGCUCAAAAGAUGGCUGCUGACCUGCCAUGGCCCAUGCCCUGACGACCUCCUCGACACUGAUAGCGAUGCUGAUCUUCCUCCACCGCGAGUUGUAACACCUGAGCGGGUUGCAAGAAUGCAGCACAAGAUGAACGGACGCGCGCCACUGCCAGCUCAUUUGUCGAGAGGAGCACAUGCAACAAGGACCGAUCGACCAAGCAUGCAAGGUCUACCUCCCGCUGUCAACUUCACCACCAAAACCUCUGGCUCCCCAAGAAGGUCCAUUUCCUCCCGCCUCUCUACCCUUAGUCUCCCACCACUUCCAUUCCGCCGAUCAGACUCACUUGCUAAUCAGCAUCCUCAUCUCACUCUACCGGAGGUCCCCAGACCACCAUCCGCGCAUCUUCGUGGCGGGGCAGACUCUUCAGACAGGCUUCCACCAACUCUGUACUGGCUGGCUGGCGGUACUGGCAGGAAGCCUAUUCGCUUCAGUAGCUGGAAGCGAUCGCUUCCGAAAAAGAGAAUGGGCGGGCUUUUCGGUAUGGCUGUCUUUGGCAAUAAGUACGGGCAGGCAUACAAGACGGAACCUAGCGCAGAAGUGGAUAGGCCGUGCUCGUCGAGCAUUGAGGUGAAAGGGGCCGAUGUGGCGAACGUGAAAGACGCGCAGCGUGUUCCCGACGAUCUCGGUGAGAGUACUAGCUCAAGCACAAGUUCGAGCGCAUCAAUAGCAGAUGAUACUUUGAGGGAAGUGACUGUAGGUGUGGAGGAGGCUGUACCUGCCGUAGAUGCUGGAUCUGAGCAGCGAGCGCUUGCGCCAUCGCCCACUGAAAUUGUGGACGAUAUACCGCUGUGCAGCGGCGCAUUGCCGGUGGAAUCUGCUGAGGACUUACAGGUACUCAGAUCAGCUCAUCCCACGCCAGCUGAUGCGAGCGAGGCACAAGAUACUGCUGUGGAAGUAGAGAAGAAUCGUGAGGUGUGA